AUGGCGAAAGAGCGGAACUUCAAUCCAGUCCAGGCCCAGCGCAAGGCCGACAAGGCCAAGGCCAUCAAGAAAGGAAAGUCAGAGGUCCAGAACCGUCGGAACGAAAAACUUGCGCGCCGCAACCCCGAUCGCAUCCAGAAACAGAUUGAUGAUCUCAAAGCCAUCACCACCAAUGGCGCCAAACUAUCUCGCCACGAGGAGCAGGUCCUCGAAGGCCUCGAAAAGGAACUUUGCGCAGUGAAGAAGGCGCGAGAAGCCAUGGGAGACGCUGCUCCCUCUUUCGGUCGAGGUUUUUCAGGACGCGAUCACACAGGUCCGGGAGGCGGCGUUCUGGGCAAGAGGCGGCGUGGCACGGAAGCUGCUUCAAGUGACGAGGACGACGACGAUGUGCCAGAGGACGUCAAGCGUAUCCCUAUGCCGCGAGACACGCCGCCUCCGAUUCCCAAGGAUGUCAUGGAUGCCUGGUGGGCGCGGCGACGUGCGCGGCGGCAAGCAGAUCGACAGGAGGACGAAGGGGCAGAUUCACAACCACGGAAAGCAGGAAGACAAACAGCGCAAAACGAAGCCCCUGCCGUGGAAGCAAGAACCGUGUACGAAGCGAAACCGGUUGUUCGCAAUCUCCAGAAGGAGGCCGUCUCGGCCUUCGUGCCCAGUGUUGUCAGAGCAAAACUGGACAAGAGCAAAGGGCGCGGUGGGCUGAUGGAGCCAGAAGAAGCCAGCCAGCUGGAGAAAGAGGGCUACUUAAGACCUCGAAUAGAGCAGGGUGACUCUGCAUCGCACAAAGCAACUGUAGAAGAAGCAGCGGAUGAUGAGGGCUGA